CCUCCCCCUGGUGUUGGCCCCGCUGCCUCGGGGUGGGGGAGGUCGUGAAGGGGGCGAUAAAAUGGCGCAGGGGGCGGAGUGAGGUGCUGCGGCUCGCCCAGGCUCUGGCCCGGCUUCCGGAGGAAGGUGGGAGUCAAUCACUUUGACAAGUCUCCUGAAAGGAACAGCCAGCAGGAGUUGAAACCUUUUUCCAUUUGGUCUCGUGGCAAAGGCAGAGAUUGCUUCAGCAGCUCCACACAAUAUGACGUGUUCACUCUUGCCCUCUGAACAGUCUUCUGGAACCUCUUUUCUGCCUAAAGACAAUGCCUCAUUUUCUUGGGGUUCUUCGGAUGAAGAUGAGUUGGAUGACUCCUUGUUGGAGUUUUCUGAUGGAGAAGAAGAUGAUGGCCAUUUCAGCUUCACAGAGGAAGAGAUUGAGAUGCUCUUGAAGGAUGAUGAUGGUGGGCAUAAUGAGUAUAGAGCGAGAAAGAGUCAAAUUCUACCCGAUACUCCUCAAGAAAAUUCUUUGUACAGCUUGGGACCAGCAGCUGAAACCCCUGGCUUUCUCAAACUACCUCAAUUAAGUACAUCAGUUGGUCAUGGACCAGUUCCUAGUAAAUCAUUAAACAGACACUUUGUACUUGAAAAGAAUCUUAUAAAAGUAACUGUUGUUGCACCAUUUAAUCCAACAGUUUGUGAUCCUGUGCUUGAUAAAGACAAGAUCGAUUCCUCCAAAGAAACAGAAAAACCUGCCUCCCUUCAGGAACAGACGAGAGAAGACGAUCCUCAUCCUAAUGAGAGUAAACGGUGUACUGAACCUGAAGGGGUCAGUCCCAGUAACUCUGCUUGGGAUGGGCCCCUGCUCUCUUCUCCUUCAAACAAUAGCAUCGAACAAACUGUCUCUGAUAAAAAUAUACCUGAAAGUAAGAAACCUACCCCUGUGUUCUCUCAGAUCUCCAACCAUUCAGAGGUACCCAACAGGAAAAAUAGUGGAUCACAUAAAUCAGGUUCUGAAGUGAGAAUUCCAGUUGUGUCCAGUUCAUCAAACAGACAUGCCUUUGACAAGGAUUCUGGGGAGGCGAAAGGUGAGAGAAGACUAGGCAAAGUCAUUCCUGUUCUACAAACCAGAACCAGUGUCAGUAAAAUGAAGCUAACAGUGCCUUCUCUACAGCCUCGCAAGGUUAUUUUGAAAGACAUGCUAGUGAAACACUGUAUAAAACCAAAAUUUCCAUCUACGAGGAUGCCUGAUCACAUAUUUGAUAGGAAGAUGUUUUCACAAUCAGAUCUAGAAAAACAGAAGGACAUUUAUCUCAGCAAAGUCAUGGCUCAUAUAGAAGACCCAGGGGACUCUAACCAAGAAGCUGUUGCAAGCCAAAGUGGAGGUUAUACUGUCUUAUUCAGUUUGAACCAGUGGCUGAUGGGAAAUUUCUAAAGAGAAAGGAGCAGAAUUGAAGACAUGUAAUGUUGGGUGGUUUUAAACUGAUAAAAAGAUUUUUUCCCAUAAAGGUAAUUCUGUAUUCUGUUUUGUUUAGCUUCUUUCCUUAUUCAACAAACUUUGUAGAGUACUUUUAGAAGUGUUAAGUUUGAAAAUUAGGAACUGGAGACAUAAGCAAUGGGUCUUGGCCUGCGGUGGAAAUUCAUGUCUAGAGAAUAUUAUAUUAAAAUAUUGAUUCGUUUUCUAAAGAAACACUUAGAUUAAUGUAGAAACCAGGAAAGAACUCACCUGUGUAUUUUAGAAGAGUGGAGGUGAUUGAGAAAGAUGUCCUAAAAGGUUCAUAGAACAAUUAAUGAACUGGUACUCAGGGCUGUCCUAAGGAAGGGCAUAGGGAAGUUGUUCUGCAGUGAAAACUUCUUUCUCUUGAAAAUCCUGGGUUAGUAGUUUCUUUUUUUAAAGGUUUAGAAUGCUAAUAGCAAUCAGAAAUUUUUAAAAAUAAGUCACUUUAGUUUUUGCUCAAGAUUUUAUUAAGCACUCAGUUAUCACUGAUGUUCCUCUCUUAGCCCCUGCUUGUGAGGUCUGUCUGUUUGAACCGUUAGGUCUGGUUCAAGUAAAGACAUUUUCCCACCCAGUUGUUGGAGGGCAGACUUCACAGAGAUUUGUCCCUUGCUCACCUUCAGACUUGUUUUAAUAAAGCCUGUAUGUUUUUGUCUCUCCCUCUGAGGCAGCCUCUUUGAUAUCCUAGGGCAUGUGCUGAUAUCUAGGUAUAUUUUUCUUUUUCAUUUGAGGUGUUCAAAGAAAAUUUCUCAUGCAAAGCAAGGCACAGUGGUUCACUUUUUUUCAUCCUUUCUAUUUGCUUUCUUAUUCAGCAAUUUCUCUCCCAAAAUUACUACAAUUUAUAUUAUAUUUUUAAGGAAUGGCUAGAAAUACAGUAGGAAAGCAGCAGACUUUAGUGGUCGAAAAAAAAAUAAAGUUCAGACUUCUAGGUUUAUUUUUAUUUAUUUUCUUGUUAUAUUUUCCUUGUACACAUAUUUGC